AGCCGUUGUGGCCUGGGCACCUUUUGCGUAGAGGCCCGCCUCCGCUCCGCGUCCGAGGGUCCCGGCGCGCGCUACCGCAGCGUGCGCCGCCCCACCCAUGAUGGGGUGAAUAUUGGCAGACUGGGGGCACCGAUGCCGUGCUUCCAGCUGCGCCUGGGGGACGCCGUGGCGCAGGCGUGCCUGUGGCUCGCGAGGAGGCUGUGCCCGUGUGCAGGCGGUCGCCCUGCCGGCGUGCAGGCGGUCGCCGCGGCGCCCCCCGCAGCGGAGGCGGAGGCGCGGCGGCCGAGCGCGCAGCAGGCCAGCGUGCAGGCCGCUGGGGGGCAGUCCCUGACGCUCCUGCAGGCCCGGGCGCAGGCGAGGCUCCUGGAGGCCCAGGCGGCGAAACUGAAGGCCACCAUCCGCAGGAGAGGGUCGCAGGGCGAGUCCGGGCCCAUCCUCGGCCACUACGAGCGCGUCCUCGCCGGGCUCGAGGGCGAGAUCGCCUCCCUCGGUGCUGCAGCGGGCCCGCCGGCGGCCGCCUGAGUGCCUCCCGCAGCUCCGCCCGCCCCAUGAGCGGGGCGGAGGCCUGGAGGACCCCAAGAUGGGCUCCCGACAGUGAUCGGGGGACGCCAAUUGGCGCACUUAAAAUCGGUAACCUUGUUUUGGUCGACCCCUGCUACAGCCUCGUGGACGAGGUUCGUGUUGAUUAUGUUUUCGUUUCGUCCUCGCUCUGGGUGUCACAGGCGUCCGGCCGCGACUCCAGGAGGUACGCCAGACCGCUGCUUUAGGUAACCUUGUUUUGGUCGACCCCCGCGGACUAGUAGUGCGGUGGGACCCGGAGGACCCCAAAAAGGGCUUCAGACGGGAAAGAUGGGCCGGGAGGGAAGCACCCAGGACAGAGGGAGAAGGUUACCGACUUGCCGCCAGCCGCACAUGCCGAGCAGCUCUCGGCCUGCAAGAGGCCGAACAGGUCGCUGCACGCCGCAUGCCCCGUACCGCAUCCUGAGACCCGACGGGGCGCACGCGCACACCGUGCAGUGUACAGCCGCAGCUGUGCCCAGAAUUUGUGGGGCGUCGGCCAGGGAAGGGCUGGCCCGACCGCAGCAGCGUCGCGAAUUUGGAGCGGACCUCCCAGCAGGCACGCCCUGGAGCAUACAUUGAUCAGUUACGUUUGUCGUUACAACUUUGCGUACGUAUGUUCCUGUCUAUUUAUGCCUGUAUCACGUGUCUGAUUCCUGACAUGGGCUGU